AUGACAAGUAAUACUAAUAAUACUGAUCCAAGUGAAAAUUUUCCUCAAUUAUACAAGGUGCUUUUAUAUAAGAAAAAAAAUAUAAUAGCUAUUCAGAAAAAACUUGGUAUUAACAAUAAUAUAAAUCAAAUGGCAGUGUCGGAGAGUAAGAAAGCAAAAGAACUUGCCGAUUCAUAUGAAUUGCUGUUAGAAUUGGUGAGGGAUUUAAUACCUAUACAGAUAAAACUUGGUAUAGAUAUCAAUCCCAUUUUAGAAGCAGAACUUAGAAGGAAUAAAGCCUCUUCAGAUAAACCAAUUAGAUUAUUUGAUUUGCUUUUAUGCUUAAAAGACGAUAUAGCGACAAUUCAGAAAGAACUUGGUAUUGUCGGUUAUACUAAUCAAGAAAUGGCAGAAGAAGCUGAUAAAAAUGCGAGAGUAUACCUCUGA